AUGUCUCCAGCAGUCCGUCUCUCAGAAGCCGCGCCGGUGGACCUUACCACGCCAGGUGUCGAUGGCUACACCAACGCGGUGUAUUUCACCAACUGGGCGAUUUACGGACGCAACUACCAGCCUCAGAACCUACCUGCGUCUCAGAUCACCAACGUUCUCUACGCCUUCAUGAACCUUCGGCCAAAUGGAGAAGUCUAUACCGCCGAUACUUACUCUGACCUAGAGAAGCACUACCCCACGGACUCGUGGAACGAUGUCGGUACCAACGCAUACGGUUGCGUGAAGCAACUUUACCUUCUGAAGAAAGCCAAUCGCCGUAUGAAAGUCAUGCUCAGUAUUGGUGGUUGGACUUGGUCGACGAACUUUCCGGCGGCUGCCAGCACGGCUGAAAGCAGAGCCCUCUUCGCCUCGUCGUCAGUUACUCUCAUGAAAGAUUGGGGUUUCGACGGCAUCGAUGUAGACUGGGAGUAUCCCGCCAACGCGAACGAAGCAGCCAACAUGGUUCUUCUCCUCCAGGCAGUUCGUGCUGAGUUGGAUGCGUAUGCCGCUCAGUAUACCCCUGGUUACCACUACCUCUUGACCAUUGCCUCUCCCGCGGGCCCGAGUCAUUACAACGUCAUGAAUCUGAAGGCCGUUUCAGAUGUUAUUGACGCAUUCAACCUUAUGGCCUACGACUACGCUGGCUCUUGGGAUGCCAACAGCGGGCAUCAGGCCAAUCUCUACCCAAACCCCAACAACCCGUCCUCCACCCCCUUCUCAACUGACGCCGCAGUGACGGACUACCUGAACGCCGGCGUCCCGGCCUCCAAGAUCGUCCUCGGCAUGCCCAUCUACGGCCGCUCGUUCGAACAGACGAACGGCAUUGGCCAGCCCUUCUCGGGCGUUGGCAGUGGGUCAUGGGAGAAUGGCGUCUGGGACUACAAGGCCUUGCCACGCGCUGGAGCGACAGAGCUGUACGACUCGACAGCGGUUGCCUCCUACAGCUACGAUUCCAGCAGCCGUGAGCUUAUCUCGUACGAUACGCCUGCUGUGGUGAGAAACAAGGUCUCGUACUUGAAGGGCAGAGGACUCGGGGGUUCCAUGUUCUGGGAAGCCAGCGGAGAUCGAGCUGAUGAUGGAAGCUUGUUGAAGACCAGUUUCGACGCCCUUGGGGGUACCGCCGGGCAGGACAAGAGCCAGAAUCAGCUGAGCUACCCCAACAGCAAGUACGACAACAUCCAACAAGGUGUGCCUGGGGGCUGA